CGCCAGCAUCAGCAUCACCCCCGCGGCCUGACCGAGCCGGGUCCCGACCCCCACUCCCGUCACGCAGCCCCGCAGCUGGCCCAGAGAAGAGCUGAAACAUGGAGGAGGUGGUGAUUGCAGGAAUGGCGGGAAGGUUUCCCAAGUCAGAAAAUCUUCAGGAGUUCUGGGAUAACUUGAUCGGAGGUGUGGAUAUGGUCACAGAUGAUGACAGACGGUGGAAGGCAGGGCUCUAUGGACUGCCUAAGAGAUCAGGCAAACUAAAGGACCUGUCCAAGUUUGAUGCUUCCUUCUUCGGGGUCCACCCCAUACAGGCUCACACAAUGGACCCCCAACUCCGUUUACUACUGGAAGUGACCUAUGAAGCUAUCGUGGAUGGAGGCAUCAACCCAAUUGCACUUCGAGGGACCAACACCGGUGUAUGGGUGGGUGUGAGUGGGUCAGAGGCCUCCGAGGCCCUGAGCAGAGACCCGGAGACACUCGUGGGCUACAGCAUGAUUGGCUGCCAGCGGGCCAUGAUGGCUAAUCGGCUGUCCUACUUCUUUGACCUAAAAGGACCAAGUAUUGCCGUGGACACUGCAUGUUCCUCCAGCCUUGUAGCUAUGCAUAGUGCGUUCCAGGCCGUCGCUUCCGGGGAAUGUUGUGCUGCCAUUGUAGGGGGCAUUAAUGUCCUGCUCAAGCCCAACACCUCACUCCAGUUCAUGAAGCUGGGCAUGCUUAGUCCUGAGGGGACCUGCAAGGCCUACGAUGCUUCAGGGAAUGGGUAUUGCCGGUCUGAGGCUGUGGUGGCCAUCCUAAUGCUGAAGAAAUCCAUGGCAAAGAGGGUUUAUGCCACAGUAUUGAAUGCAGGCACCAAUACAGAUGGCUAUAAGGAGCAAGGUGUGACUUUCCCCUCUGGAGAGAUACAGGAACAGCUCAUGCGAUCUCUGUACAAGGAUUCUGGAGUCUCCCCAGAAUCACUGGAAUAUGUUGAAACCCAUGGCACUGGCACCAAGGUUGGGGAUCCUCAAGAACUGAAUGGCAUCAUCCGGGCUCUGUGCCAGUCUCGCUGUGAGCCACUGCUAAUAGGAUCCACAAAAUCAAAUAUGGGUCAUCCAGAACCUGCCUCAGGGCUGGCAGCCUUGUCCAAGGUGCUUCUCUGUCUGGAACAUGGGGUCUGGGCUCCUAACCUGUACUUCGAGAACCCCAACCCCGAAAUCCCCGCCCUACUGGAUGGGACACUUCUGGUGGUGGACAAACCAAUCCCUGUCAAAGGUGGCAAUGUUGGCAUCAACUCAUUUGGUUUUGGCGGCUCCAAUGCUCAUGUCAUUCUCAAGCCCAACACCAGGCGGGCCCCAGCCCUUCGGUCCCCAGCCUUGCCACAUCUGCUGCAGGUCAGCGGGCGGACAGAGGAAGCUGUAGAGACACUGCUGGAGCAGGGCCAGUUGCAGGCCCAAGAUGAGACUUUUGUGAGCAUGCUCAAUGACAUUGCCAUCAUGCCCCCAGCCAGCAUGCCCUACCGAGGUUUCACUGUGCUUGGGGGUGAGAGCCAUGCCAGGGAGGUACAGAUGGUAACCUCAGGCGAACGACCCCUCUGGUUCAUCUGCUCUGGUAUGGGUACACAAUGGCAGGGGAUGGGCCUGAGUCUCAUGCGACUGGACAUCUUUCGCAACUCCAUCUUGCGCUCUGAUGAGGCUGUGAAACAGUAUGGCCUCAAGGUGUCGGACCUACUACUGAGCACGGACGAAACCACCUUUGAUGACAUCAUCCAUGCCUUUGUUAGUCUUACUGCGAUUCAGAUUGCCCAGAUUGACAUGCUGACGGCAAUGGGCUUGAAGCCAGAUGGUAUCGUCGGGCACUCCUUGGGUGAGGUGGCCUGUGGCUAUGCUGAUGGCUGCCUCACCCAGAAUGAGGCUGUUCUUGCUGCCUACUGGAGAGGCCAGUGUAUCAAAGAUGCCAAGUUCCCUGCAGGAAGCAUGGCGGCUGUGGGGCUGUCAUGGGAAGAAUGCAAAAAGCGCUGUCCCCAGGGUGUUGUCCCUGCCUGCCACAACUCUGAGGAUACAGUCACCAUUUCAGGGCCCCAGGCUUUAGUGAGCAAAUUCAUCAAGGAGCUGAAGGCUGAGGGGGUGUUUGCUAAGGAAGUGAGAACAGGUGGCGUUGCCUUCCACUCCUAUUUCAUGGAGUCCAUCGCUCCCAUGCUGCUCCAGGCCCUGAAGAAGGUGAUCAAAAGUCCCCGAGCCCGCUCCUCACGCUGGCUCAGUACCUCCAUCCCUGAGGACCAAUGGACGAGCCCCCUGGCCCAAACGUCCUCAGCAGAGUACAACGUCAACAACUUGGUGAGCCCAGUACUCUUCCAGGAGGCCCUGAGGCAUGUCCCCGACAAUGCUGUGGUGUUGGAGAUCGCCCCCCACGCCCUCCUGCAGGCAGUCUUGAAGAGAGGCUUGAAGCCAACCUGCACAAUCAUUCCUCUGAUGAAGAAGGACCACAAGGACAACCUGGAGUUCUUCCUUACCAACAUUGGAAAGCUCCACCUGACUGGCACCAGUGUGAAUCCUAAUGGCCUUUUCCCACCUGUGGAGUACCCUGCCCCUGUGGGAACACCACUCAUCUCUCCUCAUAUCAAGUGGGACCACAGCCAGAGCUGGGACGUCCCCUCUGCCAGCGACUUCCCCAGCGGCUCGGGAGGUUCCUCUUCCUCCACUGUCUACAACAUUGAUCCGAGCGCCGAAUCCCCAGACCAUUACCUGGUGGAUCACUGCAUUGAUGGAAGAGUCAUCUUCCCAGCUACCGGCUACCUGUGCCUGGUCUGGAAAACGCUGGCACGUGCCCUGGACAUGGCCAUGGAAGAGAUGCCUGUGGUAUUUGAAGAUGUCACCUUGCAUCAGGCUACCAUCCUGCCGAAAAUCGGCACUGUGUCUCUGGAAGUACGACUCAUGUUGGCCUCUCGCACCUUUGAAGUGUCUGAUAACAGGACCCUGAUUGUGAGUGGGAAAGUAUACCAUUGGGAGGAGCCAGACGCCAGCAUCUUCAGUUACGAGCCAGGACGGAGUCCAGCAGCCUCCGCUGCCAAGUUCAGCCUGUCCAAGGCUGAUGUGUACAAAGAGCUGCGGCUUCGUGGUUACGACUACGGUCCCAACUUCCAAGGCAUAUUAGAAACCAACCUUGAAGGGAACCUGGGAAAGCUGCUAUGGAAGGACAAUUGGGUGACCUUCCUGGACACUAUGCUGCAAGUCUCCAUCAUGGGGGACUCUCAGCGCAGCCUCCGCCUCCCAACCCGCAUCACCUCCAUUCACAUCGACCCUGCCACCCACCAGCAGAAAGUGUAUCAGCACCAGGAAGAGACACAAGUGGCAGAUGUCUGGGUGGACUCCUGCUUAAGUUACACAGUGGCCGGCGGUGUCCUGAUGUCACGGCUACAUGCCUCUGUGGCCCCUCGGAAACAGCAGGAGCAGCAUGUGCCCAUCCUGGAAAAAUUCUGUUUUGUGCCUCAUCUGGAGAGUGAUUGCUUGGCCAGCAACGCCGAGCUUCAGGGAGAGCUGCAGCAGUGUAAAGGCCUGAUCCAGAAACUGCAGACCAAGGUGGCUCAGCACGGGGUGAAGCUCUCCGUGCCAGACCUCCCCGGGGCGCAGGCUGCUCCCUCCAAGGACCCCCCACAGAAGGGGCUGCCCUAUCUCCUGGCAGCUGCCUCCCAGCUGCAGCUCAAUGGAAACCUGUCUGUGGAGCUGGGGCAGGUGGUAGCUCAGGAGUGGCGGCAUUUGCAGGAGGACCACCUGCUGGCAGGGCUGCUGGACUCCCUGGAGCUGAAGGCCUGUGUGGACACGGCCCUGGAAAACAGCUCCAGUCACCAGAUAAAGGUGGUGGAGGUUCUGGCUGGAGAUGGCCACCUGUACUCCCGCAUCCCUGGCAUCCUCAACAGCCAGCCCAUGCUCCAGGUGGGCUAUGUCGCCACUGACCGGCAGUCCACAUCCCUGGAAGGUCAGCAGGCUCAAUUACAACAGCAGGGCAUCUCCCUGGGCCAGUGGGACCCAGACGAGCCUGCCCCUGACAGCCUUCAUGGCACUGACCUCCUGGUGUGUAACUGUACCAUCGCUGCCCUGAGGGAUCCCGCCACUGCCCUGAGCCACAUGGGAGCCGUCAUCAAGGACGGGGGAUUUCUGCUGCUGCAUACUCUCCUCAGAGGCGAGACCUUGGGGGAGAUAGUUGCCUUCCUUACCUCCUCCAACCAGCAUCAGAGACAGAGCCUUCUGAGCCAGGCCGAGUGGGAGAAUGUGUUCCAGAAGGCUUCCUUGCACCUGGUGGGGCUGAAAAAGUCCUUCUAUGGCUCUGCUAUUUUCCUGUGCCGCCGGCAAGCCCCUCCCCAGAGCCCCAUCUUCUUGCACGUGGAGGAUACUCACUACAAAUGGGUGGACUCCUUAAAGACCAUUCUGGCAGAGUCUUCCAACCAACCAGUGUGGCUGAUGGCGGCUGGCUGUGCCACCUCCGGUGUUGUGGGGAUGGUGACCUGUCUCCGAAAAGAACCAGGCGGGCAGAGAAUCCGGUGUGUCUUGGUAUCCAACUUCAAUUCCUCCUCCACCAUCCCCCAAAUCAGCCCAUCCACCAAAGAGAUGCAGCAGCUCUUACAAGGGGACUUGGUGAUGAAUGUGUACCGCGAUGGAAAAUGGGGGGCCUUCCGCCACCUCCCACUGAAAGAAGGCAAACCCACGAUGCAGACAGAGCAUGCCUUUGUCAACGUCUUGACCCGAGGGGACCUUUCUUCCAUCAGCUGGGUGUGUUCCCCACUGCGCUACGCCCAGCCUACUGGCCCCAGCUCACAACUCUGCAAGAUCUACUAUGCCUCACUCAACUUCCGGGACAUCAUGCUGGCCACUGGCAAACUGUCCCCUGAUGCCAUCCCAGGGAAAUGGGCCAACCGGGACUGUAUGAUGGGCAUGGAGUUCUCAGGUCAAGAUGCUACAGGCAAACGGGUGAUGGGUCUGGUGCCUGCUGAAGGCCUGGCCACUUCAGUACUCCUUUCCCCAGACUUCCUUUGGGAUGUGCCAGCCAACUGGACUCUGGAACAGGCUGCGUCUGUGCCUGUUGUCUAUACCACAGCCUACUACUCGCUGGUGGUCCGUGGGGGCAUAAAAAGGGGAGAGACGGUGCUCAUCCACUCUGGCUCUGGGGGUGUUGGCCAGGCUGCCAUUGCAAUUGCUCUGAGCAUGAAUUGCCGAGUCUUUACCACCGUGGGGUCAGCUGAGAAGCGGGCCUACCUCCAGGCCAGAUUCCCCAAGCUUGAUGCCACCAGUUUUGCCAAUUCACGGAACACAUCAUUUGAACAACAUGUGCUGAAACACACUGGAGGAAAAGGAGUAGACCUCGUCCUGAAUUCUCUGGCGGAGGAGAAGCUACAGGCCAGUGUUCGGUGUUUGGCUCAGCAUGGUCGCUUCCUAGAAAUUGGAAAAUUUGAUCUGUCAAACAACCAUGCCCUAGGAAUGGCUGUCUUCCUAAAGAAUGUGGCCUUCCAUGGGAUCCUGCUGGAUGCCCUCUUUGAAGAAGGAAAUGAUGACUGGAAGCAGGUAGCAGAACUGCUGAAGGCAGGCAUCCAGAGUGGCGUGGUCCAGCCCCUAAAGUGCACCGUCUUUGGAAGGGAGCAGGUCGAAGAUGCCUUCCGCUACAUGGCCCAAGGGAAACACAUUGGCAAAGUAGUCAUCAAGGUCCAAGAAGAAGAGAAGCAAGCUGUGAUGAAAGGGGCAAAGCCCAAUCUGAUCUCGGCCAUUUCCAAGACAUUUUGCCCCAACUAUAAGUCCUACAUCAUCACAGGAGGACUUGGUGGCUUUGGGCUUGAAUUAGCUCAAUGGCUCAUUCUUCGAGGGGCUGAGAAACUUGUUCUGACAUCACGUUCAGGCAUUCGGACAGGGUAUCAAGCCAAGCGGAUUCAAGAGUGGCAGCAGGAAGGCAUUCAGGUCCUUGUGUCCACAAGUAAUGCGAGCACACUCGAGGGAGCCCAGCAGUUGAUAGCAGAAGCCACCCAGCUUGGGCCUGUUGGGGGCAUUUUCAACCUGGCUAUGGUCCUGAGAGAUGCCAUGUUGGAAAACCAAACCCCAGAAUUAUUCCAGGAUGUCAACAGGCCCAAGUACAACGGCACAAUUAACUUGGACAGAGUGUCAAGGGAAAAAUGCCCGGAACUGGAUUACUUUGUGGCCUUCUCAUCGGUGAGCUGCGGGCGAGGCAAUGCUGGGCAGAGUAACUAUGGCUUUGCCAACUCCACCAUGGAGCGUAUCUGUGAGAAGAGAAAGCAUGAUGGCCUUCCAGGUCUUGCUGUACAGUGGGGAGCCAUUGGUGAUGUGGGCAUUGUCCUGGAAGCCACGGGCACUAAUGACACUGUGAUUGGUGGGACCCUGCCCCAGCGCAUCUCCUCCUGCUUGGAAGUCUUGGACCUCUUCCUUAACCAGAACCACCCUGUCAUGAGCAGCUUUGUGUUGGCUGAGAAGAAGGUGGUGUCCCAUGGUGAUGGAGAUGGCCAGAAGGACCUAGUGAAAGCAGUGGUACACAUCCUAGGCAUCCGAGAUGUAAGCACAUUGAACCCAGAUAAUACCCUGGCUGACCUGGGCCUGGACUCCCUGAUGGGGGUAGAGGUGAGGCAGACCCUGGAGCGGGAGUACGACAUAGUCAUGUCCAUGAGGGAGAUCCGGCAGCUCACCAUCAAGAAGCUAAAAGAGCUCUCAUCCCAGGCUGGAACAGAAGAAGAAUCGGAAUCUCCCCCAGCCAAAGACAGCAGCCCUUUCCGAGAAGCCAAACUGAAUCUGGGGAACCUGCUGGUAAACCCCGAAGGGCCAACAAUCACUCUGCUCAAUGCCGUGCAGAGCACAGAGCGACCCCUCUUCCUAGUCCACCCCAUCGAGGGCUCAAUCACCGUGUUCCACAGCCUCGCUGCCAAACUCAGCAUCCCUACCUACGGCCUGCAGUGCACCAAAGCUGCUCCCCUGGACAGCAUCCAGAGUCUGGCUUCCUACUAUAUUGACUGUAUCAAGCAGGUCCAGCCCGAGGGGCCAUACCGCAUCGCCGGCUACUCCUAUGGAGCUUGCGUGGCCUUUGAAAUGUGCUCUCAGCUGCAAGCCCAGCAAAACCCAUCCCACUCAAACAACAGCCUUUUCCUGUUUGACGGGUCUCAUGCCUAUGUUUUAGCCUACACACAAAGCUAUCGAGCCAAGCUGACCCCGGGCUGUGAAGCAGAAGCAGAGACAGAAGCGAUGUGUGCCUUUGUCCAGCAGUUCACAGACGCUGAGUACAACAAGGUACUGGAGGUGCUCCUGCCCCUGAAGGAUCUAGAAGCCCGGGUCUCCGCCACAGUGGACCUGAUAACCCAGAACCACAGGCAUAUCAGCCGUGCAGAGCUCAGCUUCGCUGCGUUUUCCUUCUACCACAAGCUGAGAGCUGUGGAGCAAUAUAUACCCAAAAUCAAGUAUCAUGGCAACGUGACCCUGUUAAGGGCCAAAACCAGCAACACAUAUGGCGAGGGUCUGGGCAAGGACUACAACCUGUCUGAGGUCUGUGAUGGGAAGGUGUCUGUCCAUGUCAUUGAAGGUGAUCACCGUACAUUGUUGGAGGGCGACGGCCUGGAGUCCAUCAUUGGCAUCAUCCACAGUUCGCUAGCAGAGCCUCGAGUCAGCGUACGAGAGGGCUAGCUCUUCCCCAUCCCUUGGUUCCUUCCCACAGCCAUGGCUACAUCUCCUGUCACUGGCAGGAGACAGAAUUACGAUGACUUUUCUUGUCAUUAAGACAUUCCCUCCCAUACCUCCUCUUCCCCCAGCUCACACCACUCUCCACCUCCCACCCUAAGGAGAUACCCCAUUAAUACAAUUCUGCAUCUAAGCCGGGUCUGAAGGAGAGUCCUCCUGGUGGUACCCCUUCCUAUUGCCCUCCCCCUUUGUCUGUUCCAGUUGGUACCCAGGCCAUCCUCCUCUGGCACUUUUGGAACACACAUGUGCGCGCACACACUUAUCCCUCACCCCUUCCCCUGCCCACAGUCUCCCAGGUAGGAGUAAAAUUUGUUCAAGGUCAUUAUUGUCUGUGAUCAUCCCUUACCAUGUUUCUCAUGCAAAAACUAAAGGCCAUUUGCACCUAGCCAGGCACCGAGACCAGGAUGCCAGGGUCCAGGCUGAUUUGGAGAUUUCUGUUUUUGAUCUGUGAAGAAUCAGCCAGUGGCCAGCAAGAUGGAUGGGGCUGAACCUUUUUCAUAACCAUGUGGUGUUUUUUGUUGUGUUUUCAUUUUUCAUUUGAAACUUUGUAUUUAUUGCAUCAUCAGCAAAAAAGGUUCCAGAGUAUUCCUCUACCAUUUGUGAAAAGACUAGAAGAAAUGCCCCUUGGCAGAUUUUUUUUUUUAAUCCAGAGUUCUCUGGUUGUUCCUUUCCGUGUUUUAUUUUGUCUGGAACACCUUUGUUUUGCUUUUACCGUAGUUAUCCAUCUCAGCCUGAUAGUGAAGAAGUGAAGCUUCCCGUUCUCCCUUCUCUCAUCUGCAGGAAGGGGAGAGAGUAGUGGGGUGGGAGUGUGGCCUGUCCCCCCUGUUCCUCCUGCCCUCUCCUGAAGCAGCUUGAAGGAACAGAGAAAAAAAGGGGUUGGGGGGAGAACCCCACCAAAGGAAUGGUCAGCCUGGAAUGAUUUCAGGAGCAAAGGAGUGAGCUUCACUGGAAGGCCAGCCACAAUGGAAGAGCCCGUGUAAGGACUUGAUUCCAAAAAGAGGAGGAAAAGAGACAUUUUAUCCCCCCUGGGACCUAGCAAGAGUCUCCCUGCCACCAUGUGCUGGUGUGCUAUAUGGGCCUUUAGGGCAAUGGACAAGUGAUUCCCAGCUGCAUUUAUGAUACAGAGGCUAUUGGGACAGGAGCCAGGAUCUUACCACCUCCCCCACAGGGACCCCCUUCGUAUUUCUUCUGUCAAGUCAUUGAGCUGGCAGGGGGGGCCUCCUUGGAGGCUGGUUCUGAGCCGGUACCUGGCUGCUAGCACCACCCCUCUGUGGAUCGUGGCUGGGGCACUGUUUGUUUUUGUUUGUUUCUGUUUUUUGUCUUUUGUUGUUGUUUUUUUAAGGCGACACAUUUAAUUCAAACUGCUGCUUGAAUUUUGAAAAUUUCAAUGUAAUUGUCAAUGUAAAGAAUCAUGUCUGGAUCCUGUUUCAUUCUUACACCCACUUGGUGAAAGUGUUACUCUUGAGAUUGUCCUGCUCCCCACCCCAUAGUCCUCCUGAUAUUAAACCACAUGGGAUCUCUG